AUGUAAAGACAAGUUUAUAUCAGUCCUGAGAGAAUGGUCGUUGAAAAACUAGAAAAGUAUCCAGCUCCCAAUUCAGACCCGAAUUUCGAUCACUGUAUUGUAGUUCAUAAAAUGAUCAAUAGCGCGAUUUCAGGAGAUAGAGGCUGAAUUCAGAGCCCUAGAUAUCGACCAAAGCGGAUGGCUAUCCUUGGCUGAAUUGGAGUUGCAUCUCAAGCGAAAGGGGUGUGAUCAGCAUUUGGUCCAAGAGAUCUUCAAUGACCUUAACACUAACCAAGAUCAGAAGAUAUCAAAGGAUGAGUUCACACAUGGAUAUCUGAACAAAGAAUCCAAUCUCAAAGAAGAAAUCAAAUAGAUCGAAAUUAAAAUCAAACACCUGAGAUCCCUGGAGGAUGAUAUCAAAUCCAAAGUCACUUAGACCAAUUGUUCUCAACUCAUACUCACCUUGCAAUCAGCAUGUCUAAGCCAAUUAUACCACUCCCAAGACGACGUUGUCAAGGCUUACAAACAAAUCGAAGUCAUCUUCCAUUGCAACGAAGCUUAGGAUGGCAUCGAGAGAAUAAGCAAACCAAGUCUCAAUUGUGAAUUCCCGGUUUGGGGAGAUAAAUUUAACUACGCCCUCAAUCAAGUUUUUGAGAUCACCAUCUCCAUAGAAUUAAUCGAAAUCGAUAAAUUGGAUAAGCAAUCCCUAGGCAAAACCAUUCUCAAAAAAGGGCUGAAUUCCGAAUUUGACAAACAAGAAAAAAUCUAUUUUGAAAAUGUUGGAGAAGUCAUUAUUUAAAUUCAAUUUAUCAAAGAUUGGGUAAGAGUUAUUAUCUUAAAUAGAAUGAAUCAAUUUAAUUUUAAGUUUCUUUUUAUGAAAACUGCAUUAACUAAUAUUUAGAAGAAAUCAAACAAAUCAAGAAGAAACUAUUCUUUAUGAAACAACUCUAUACUAAUAAUAGUACUAUCCAAUAUAAGAGUCUUAAACUUAAGGAAUCCUAACCGUAAUCUGUCAGAUUAUCAUAACUCUAAGACACAACCUAAAGAAACACUCAAUUCCCAUAAAUUCCAAUGUACUUAACUCAUCAGAUGGUUUAAGAAAUACACGUGAUUAAUUCACUCAAACCCUAAAACCAACUAUCCCAUAGUAAAAUAUUCUAAGAGAAUCAACUGGCAACCAGUUUGCAGCACAAAUCAUUGUAUAAUCCAGCAUUACAGCUUUCACUGCAAUAACAAGUCCCUGUUUAACAAGCCUAAAACUUAAAAUCAUAUAAAACUGAUUUAAAGUAAGCUGACUCCAUCCAGAUUGAUUACACAAUUCAAGCUAGUAUUUUUGAUGCAUUCAAUCAGUUUAAUCACAGUGAAACAGAACCAGAUGAAUUAGGUGUUGAUUUACAAACCUUUGGGAAUGAGGAAAGAUAUAAAAUGAUAUAUCCUUUGAUCGGUUUGAUUACCCUGAAUAUCGCAUACUCCAGAUGUGACUUCUUAGGUUUAAUGCUGCUAUUGCUGACAAUACCGUAUCAGAAGAAAAAAUGGAAUACUUAACAAAUAAACUUUUAUUCGAUUGGAAUGAUAAUUUCUGCAAUUAUGGAUUUCUAUUGGUAUAUUAUAUAUCUCUAUUACUAAGGCUGUUUAAGUUUUCCAAUUGUUUUUCUGAUUCUUAUUAAUGCAAUAAUUAAUAUGGAUUUGUCUUGGCCAUCUAUUUCUUUUGUUUUCUUGCAAUCCUAGGAAAACUCUACACAACCUAUAAAAUACGUUCCUAUUAUUGA